AUGUCGAACCUCCACGAGACUGUCGAUGGUACGCCUGCGCAGCCUCCAAGCUACCAGUCGCCGACGCCUACUCGUUCAGCCGAAGUUGAUCUCGGCGAUCGCGCUGACAUAUCGAGAGCAAUGCGUUCGGGUACUGUCGAUCCAGCGCAGACCCUGAACAGUCCGAUACAAAGCCAGCGCAAUCUCGCUUCAGGACCACUUGCAUCUCCCUUGCUUACUCCGUCACGCCGUGCCAAGGUCGAGCCAAACGAAGGCCCUGCCCUGUCCGAGAUUGCCUCGAUGUCCAUUGGUCGUCAAUCACACCAGCGCACGCCCUCGGAGCUCAUGGUCGUUCGCAUGAUGAUGCUUGAAAACAUGCCCUCGCGUGCAGACUUUGAGGACGAGAUGACCCAGCUUGAAAUGGGUCACACCAUACAGCGCCGAUUUCUUGUGAGAAACAACGAGCUCGAGCUCAUGCUGGGUCUGUUGCUACUCGAUGCUGGCAAGCCUACUUCCGGUGCAUACAACAGACUCAAGGGCAUGCUCGCCUCAGAAGCUCUCGCUACGCUCAAAACUUGGACCCUGCGUAAUUUCACUCUGGUCACUACAGUUCAGUCGGAUGGUCAGCCAGAGUACACUGUCUUUGCUGCCAAGUCGAAGCUCCGCGUUGCCACUCGAGAGGAGAUCUACGACCUCGUCGUCGCUGCACACCUUCAGGUCAAUCACAAAGGACGCGACAAGACGUACGCAGUCAUCCGUGACAAGUACGCCAUGAUACCCAAGGAGGUCAUCGCUCGUUUUGUCGCCAUCUGUCCUUAUUGUGUCAACACGCGCGGCCCUGCCAGCAACUGUUCAACGCCUCACAAGACGCCUGCAACGACAGGCCACAAGCGCACACUCAGCUCGGUCAGCGAUGUGUCGGAUCACUCGCCCUGCAGAGCAAUGUCGCGUCGCGCUCUGCCCACCCAGAAUCUCUCACCGCUCUCGUCGCCGUUUCGCAUGUCCGUCGGAUCUGGCACCUCGCGCUCCGCCAUGCUCGACUUUGCACGCGCCGGAUUGACGGCCUAUGUCGCCCUUCUUGCCCAGCAAAAUGUUGGGUAUGACGAGAUCACGGAACUUCUCGAGAUGCUCUUCCUGGAGGCACUUGACCUCGCGAAUCAGAACAAGUAG